AUGAUGUUCUGGGGCUCAAAAACGGGUAUUAGUUCGAAAUAUUCUUUCUCAUCGUCUCCUACUUUUUCUUCUGAACCUUGGAGUGUUUAUACAGGUAGACCAAAAAGUACUUCUAGUACAGCAGGUCCAAACCGUGUAUCCAUCUUUAUGUUUGAUAAAAAAAUCUAUGAGAGUUAUUUAUUGCAUUAUGGUAUUAUUAAAUCUAAAUCCUCAACCAAUGAUAAAAAAAUUAUCCAGGAAGGUUAUGAUAUAUUAAGAAAUCAAGUUAAUAAUUUAGCCAAAUUGAAACAUCCAAACGUGUUAACUUUAAUUGAACCAUUGGAAGAACAUUCCAAGAAUUUCUUAUUUGUUACUGAAUAUGUUACAGGUUCUUUAGAGACAGUUUUUGUUAAGAAAGAUGAUGAACAAAGUUUUUUGAAGGGUCAUGUUAAAGAUGAUGUCAUUAUCCAUAGAGGUAUCUUCCAAUUAGUCCAUGCAUUAGAUUUUAUUCAUAAUAGAGCAGGUUCUGUGCAUUUAGAUAUUCAACCAAGAUCGAUUUUUAUUAACGAUAACUCAGAUUGGAAAAUAUCAGGUUUAGGACACUUGAUGAAGAUUCCUGAUGGUUCAAACUCCACUGAAUAUUUUAUGCCUCAAUAUGAUCCGAGAAUUCCAUCAUUUAUGCAGUUACCAUUGGAUUUCACUGCUCCAGAAAUAGUAUUGGAUAGCACUGUAAGUAUAAAGAGUGAUUUUUUUUCCUUGGGUAUGUUGAUGUAUUUAUUAUAUGCUGGUGAUAGUUUAUUUCGUACUGAAAAUUCAACAUCUCAAUACAAGGACGAGUACGCCAAGUUGGAAAGAAAAAUUAGCACCAUGUCAUGGGAAAAUGUGUUUAGUAAAUUACCUCCAAGAUUGAGGCAAUGCAUUCCGAUGUUGAUGAACAGAGAUAUUUUUUCUCGUUAUGAUAAUAUAACCGAUUUCUUAGCAAGUGAAUUCUUCCAAGAUCCAAUAAUUAAAACUUUGAAUUUCUUAGACGAUCUUCCAACAAAAAGCAAUGAGGAUAAAUUGGUCUUUUUAGAAGGGCUGGACGAGUUGCUACCUCAAUUCCCUGAAUCAUUAUUACAAAGGAAGUUUUUAGCAGUUUUGCUUGAUUUGUUAAACCAAUUGUGUGCUGAAAGAAAUGUUAAUAGCCGCUGUGUCACAUUGAAUUUAGGUCUAGUAAUUAAAAUAAGCGGGACUCUAUCACAAUUAUCGUUCCAAGAACGUUUAUUGCCAGUUAUGACAAAUAAAACAAAUUUCCCUAUUCUAAUGAAACAUGCAACAACUAGUUUAAUCGAAAAUUUACCAAUUUUGAAAGAGAAGGUUAAAUUACAAGAUUUCUUAGACGUUUUACUAAAACCUAUUCUUACAUACGUUUUGAAUGAAAUGGAAGGUGAUGCAGCUGUCGUUCCUCAAGAAAAAUUAUUAGAUCAAAUGGAAUUAAUUUUAGAUUGUUUAGAUUUCUUAACUGUAAAGAAAUUUUUACUACCAUUAUUAUCACAGCUUUUCACCAAGACAACCAGUUUAAAAGUUAAAAUUAUCUGUGUUAAAUCUUUCCAAACUUUAGUCGAACGUAAAACGGUUGAUACAUAUAUAUGUUGCGAUGAAAUUUUACCAUUAUUUAAAUCAAUGAAAAGUAGAGAUCCUAGAAUCCUGUUGAAAUCAUUAAGUUUCUUUGAAACUUUACCACAAGUCGUUGUUGAUGAAAGUGCAUUAGUCGGUCAAUUGUUACCAUUAUUAUGGAACUAUUCUAUGGCAGAUACUUUGGACAGUACACAAUAUAAUAAUUAUACAAAAGUUAUUAAUAAUAUCUCAUUCGACAUUCAAAAAAAUCAUGCCGACCAACUGCAAAAGACUAAAACUACUAAUACUGGUAGUUCUGGUAACGAGUUUAAAAAAAUGAUAGAGAAUAACUCUAAUGAAUACAUUAAUCGAGAAGCUGCACAAGAUGCUGCCAAAUCAGUUUCUACACCAACCAUUAACCCAGUAAGGAAACCGAGUGAGAGAAAACCAGCAUCGACACAAUCUCGCAUUUCUGUAACCAGUGCUACCACCAGUACCACUGGAGGUAUGCCACCAAAAAAAUCUAUCCCAACUCCCUUGAAUAGAUCAACAAGCAACACAUUUACAUCGCCAUCAAACAACAAUAGUACAAGAUCAAUAACUAAUUCUAAUUCAAAUACAAAUACAAAUUCGAACUUUGACGAUUUCGAUGAUUUUGUCACCGCAUCUCCUACAGCUUCUAUUGCAACAAAUCCAGUAUCAACUAAUCAACAGGAUACCACACCAUUUAGAUCAAAUACUACAUCAUCUUCAUCAAUACCAAUUCAGAAUUCUUUGAAUUCAAGUUUCCCACCUGGUUUUUCAGUAUCGUUGCAACCAAAUAAGAAACUUUCCAAUAGUAUGAAUCCUAUGCAGCAAACUUCGAAUUCAAAUUUAUCAGAUUCACUUAUCUGA